AUGAAGGCCAAAGUGAGUACAAAGUUUAACUUGAUUGUUAGUGUCACUCAAUGUAGAAAUGCUAGGAGAUAUGCUUUGGAUGAGAUAGAGGGUAGUUUGAUAGAACAUUAUGGUAAAGUAUGGAGUUAUGGAGAAGAAAUAAUGAGGACAAAUCCUGGUUCAACAGUAAAGAUAGAUGUGAAUGUCAUGCCUGAUUCCACAACCUACUUUUCUAAAAUGUAUGUUUGUUUUAAGGGUGUGAAGGAUGGUUGGAUUGCAGCAUGUAGGAGGGUAAUAGGGGUAGAUGGUUGUUUUUUAAAGGGUAUAUGUAGAGGCCAAUUGUUAGCAGCUAUGGGUAGGGAUGAAAACAACCACAUCUUCCCUAUUGCAUGGGCUGUGGUGGAAGUUGAAAAUAAGGAAACAUGGAAGUGGUUUCUUGACCUCCUUCUGGAUGACAUUGAAAUGGGAAUUGGUCAUGGAUUGACCCUCAUAUCAGACCAACACAAGGGAUUAAUAGAGGCUAUCAAAGAAAGGGUUCCAGCAGCAGAGCAUAGACAAUGUGCUAGGCACAUCUAUGCUAACUUCAAGAAAAGUUUCAAAGGUGAACAAUAUAGGAAGUUGUUUUGGGCAGCAACUGCUAGUACUACUCAACCAAAAUUUGAGGUAGAAAUGAAUUCCAUAAAAAAAAUUGACCCUUUGGCUUAUGAACACCUCAUGGAAAGGGACCCUAAAAGUUGGUGCAGGGCAUUCUUUGAAGUGGACAGGGCUUGUGAUGCUUAUGAGAAUGGCAUAUCAGAAAGUUUCAACUUUGUUAUUGAUCUUGCUAGGAAAAGGCCACUCAUCACCAUGUUGGAAGAGAUAAGGUUUUAUGCAAUGGAGAGGAUGUAUAAAAUGUUGCAAGAGGGACAAAGUUGGGGAUAUUUAAAAAUAUGUCCAUCUAUAAGGUUGAAGAUAUCAAAGCUAAAGAAACAGCAAAGAUUUUGGGGUGUUAUACCAUCUGGGAUACAACAAUAUGAAGUUAGGAUUGGAAAUGAUGGAUAUGCUGUGGACCUUAACAACACAUGUGGAUGUAGAUCUUGGCAAGUAUUAGGUAUCCCAUGUGUGCAUGCAGUGGCAACCAUUUCAUACCUUAACAGGAAUGUAGAGGAUUAUGUUGCACCAUGGUUCCAUACAGCCAUGUUCUUGACUUGUUACAACCAUACCAUUAACCCACUUAAUGGUAGUUCCAUGUGGCCUGAAGCUCCCUACAUGAAGCCAUUGCCUCCUCAAAAAAGAAGGUUACCAGAAAGGCCAACCCUUAAAAGGAAAAAAGAUCAAUCUGAGAUGGAAAGCAAGGGGAAAACAAGGCAUACUAUCUCAAAAGCAGGUAAAGUGGAACCAGUUCAAGUGGAUCCAGUUCAAGCAGAUCCAGUGGAUCCAGUUCAAGUACCAGCUCCACAGUUUGAUCCAGUUCAAGCAGAUCCAGUGGACCCAGUUGAUGUACCAGCUCCACAUGUUGAACCAGUUCAAGUAGAUGAUCCACAUCCAGAUGUUGAUGUCCAUGCUCAACCAGUUGCAACUAGGCAGAGGAUACGAAAAUACUCAGAAAGAAUUACCAAGAUAGGGUUGAGGAGGAAGGUUUUGAAGAAAGAAGGAAGCACUGGACACAACCCAAUGGUGUUGGAAUGA